AUGGAAUCUGACCGUGGUGAUCAGGGAUCCAUCGACUACCUGACACCUAGGCCAAGAUCAACCACCUUCAAAGAAGUCAUCUUCUAUCGAGUUUAUGAAGACUUUUAUUAUGCUAUACAGAUGGAUAACAGGUAAGAAUUUAGUAUUUAUUUAAAGAAUACGUUUGAUUUUACCAUAGUAUUAAUGUUAUCUUAGUUAUAGUAGCCCAUUGUUUAGUUAUAGUAGCCUACUAUUUAGUUACAGUAGCCAACUAUCUAGUUGUAGCAGCCACUAUCUAGUUACGGUAGCCCAUUGUUUAGUUACAGUAGCCAACUACCAACUUACUAGUUAUAGUAGCCAACUAUCUAUUUAUAGCGGCCAACUAUCUAGUUACAGUAGCCCAUUAUUUAGUUUCAGUAGCCAAAAGCCAACUAACUAGUUAUAGUAGCCAACUAUCUAGUUGUAGUGGCCAACUAUCUAGUUACAGUAGCCAACCAUCUAGUUACAGUAACCAACUAUCUAGUUAUAGUAGCCCAUUUCUUAGUUACAGUAGCCGUGCACCUUAUAUUUUUUUCAGUUUUCGCUACAACAAUCGCCAUUCACGAAUUGGACACAUCUACACCGCUCUUCGAAAGCGCUACGUUUCAUAA